AUGCACAUCCUCGGUGCUCGCUCGCAGUAUACACGGUCGUCCUGGUACAACGGACUUCAAUUCGAGCCCGGCAAGAACAACAUCAUCUCCAUGAGGGACGAUGCCCUACAUGCCGUGAUCCGGGCAAAGAUGGCUGGCGGGUACUCUGGCAAGGAAGUCGAAUACCUCGAGUUCAAGAUUGACAAGUCUGUCGGCAACUUGGUGAGUCUGCUCGAGUCGUACGUGCGUGGCAAUCGGCCGUUCGACCUUGCGCGCAAAAUACAAUACUUUGCCCUCGACGUCAUAUCGGAGCUGGCAUUCGGGGAGCCCUUUGGCGACCUGACCGCCGACUCGGACGUGCACAACCUCGUCGAGGACAUCGAGACGUACUUGCCGCAUCUUAUUGUCUCCACCGUCAUGUCGUGGAUGAUUCCUGUCCUUUCGUUGCCGAUUUUCAGGCCCCUCAUGCCCUCGGAGCACGACGUGCUCGGCGUCGGCCGCCUGGUCGGAAUUGCCAAAAAGGUGGCGGCCGAGCGAUACGGGCCAAGCAGGAAGAUUCAAAGAGACAUGGUCGGGUCCUUCGUCGCCAGGGGUCUGACGCAGGAGCAGACCGAGAAUGAGAUUGCCGCGCAAAUGUACGUCAGACGGCAAAACGGCUGGGACAGCCACGGGCUUCUUGACCGUCUUACAUUGCUAACACGGCAUCCCGACUGCAGCAUCGCCGGGUCCGACACCACCGCGACCGGCAUCCGAGCCACCUUCCUGCACGUCAUGACCAACCCCCGCGUCCUUGCCCGGCUCCAAGCCGAGAUUCGCGACUCGGAACUGAGCUGGCCGGCGGCCACGGAUGCCGAAAUCCGCCUGAUGCCGUUCGCGCAAGCCACCAUCAAGGAGGGCCUGCGCGUGCUGCCCCCCGUGGCGGGCUUCAUGUCCAAGGAGGUCCCUGCCGACGGGGACUGCUGGGACGGUCUCUCGUUGCCGCCGGGGACCAGGGUCGGACUGUGUAUGAUGGGGAUACUGCGCCAAAAGCACGUGUUUGGCGAGGACGCGGACGAGUUUCGGCCGGAGCGGUGGCUCGACGCGACGCCCGAGAUGGAGAAAACAUGGGGUCUCGUGUUUGGCUCGGGCAAAUGGGCGUGUCUGGGCAAGGAGAUAGCUCGGAUGGAGCUCAACAAGGUGCUGGUCGAGGUGGGCUUUCCCCUGCCUGAUUCUACCUUUUCCCCAAACUGUCGACCUGCUGACGCCGCCGCUCUUUGGACAGGUCCUGAGACGCUUCGACCUCACCUUGGUCGAUCCCAUGAAGCCUUGGAACACAGCACAGGUGUCUGGGAGACUGUUACGAGGAAGCGGCAAGACAAACGAGCAUUUUCGACAUUCGAGGAGCACUCGGCCGCUGGAUAUGGCGUGUCUCCAGCGGCAUUGUCUGCAGUUGUCAUUGCGAUGCGUAACAUGGCCAGCGUCUUCCCUGCGAGGGCGUUUGAACAGAUGCCAAAGAUGAUCCUUGUUGCUGCCGUCACCCUCCUCUCGGCCAUGGCGCCCGCUGCUUCAGCGCUGUCGGCCAUCCCCUUCGAGGGCAUUCCGUCGUUGGGCGUGCUCUACACCGAAGAUGCCAGCCAUCACAUCUGCUCCGCCGCCGUCGUGAACAGCAAGACGAAAAACCUCAUCCUCACAGCUGCCCACUGCGUGCACGGCGACGGGACACACCUCCGCUUCGCGCCCGGAUACCGUGACGGCCUCACUCCGUACGGGACGUUUCCCGUCACAGGGGCCUUCGUCGACAAGAAGUGGAACAAGGACUCGAGCGUGAAGCACGACUUCGCCAUCCUGACCGUCGGCAACACCAUCAUCAACGGGACGUCUGUCCCUGUCCAGAACAUCACCGGCGGCAACCCAAUCAAGUACAGGGCCAGCCACCGCAGCGUGGUCCACGUCAUGAGCUACAACAACCACGAGCCAAGGCCCGUCCGCUGCCAUGUUUCCACCUACAAGGGGCCGCACUCCAACCUCGCCUUCAACUGCCGCUCCUUCAAGGGUGGCAGCAGCGGCGGUCCCAUGCUUGUCGACUACAACCCGAACAAGAAGCUCGGAAGGAUCAUCGGAACCAUUGGCGGGUUUCAGAGCGGAGGCUGCACCGAAAAGACUUCGUACUCGCCAUACUUUAGCUUCGGACUGCGCCGCGUGUUCCUCAAGGCUAUGAACGAGACUGGGACCACGACGAGCGGCGACGUGGUCAGGGCCGACGUUCCCAAUCGGUGCUGA